AUGCUGGGCUUCCUGUCACGUGGUCCUCCAGUGAGGCUGUGCAUGGGCCUGGCGUGUGUCUUGUCCCUUUGGAACACAGUAUCUGGCAUCAAAGGAGAAGCCAAGAAAGAGAAGGGAAUGACCUUUUUACCUACAACAAUGUCUGGCCUUAGAGAAGAAGAGAGGAAGGAGAAGGGGGUGGCAUUUCUUGCUACGACGGAGCUGCCUGCAAGGUCAAUCGAUCUGUCCGCACUUAACCUGACAGAGCUUGUGAACGGGAUGCUGAGUAGAGUGUUAAAAGAUAGCAAGAAGUUCUUCUCCUUGCUGAGUGUCACUUCCUACAGUUCCUUCGCCUUCCACAAGUUUUCUGUAGCUGUUUACAACAUUUCUAACCUGAAGACGGUGGACCCCGCCAAAUUCCCCACAAGGUAUUGCUACUGUUUAAACAAUCGGACCAAUGACUUAUCAGAUUUUACAGCUCUACUGGUAGAUAUCAUUGGCAAUUCUACCAGCUACCUCACAGAGAUUUUUAAGUCAACCUCCAUCCUCUCAGUGAGUCAAAGCAAUGAAUCAGAUUGCAUCUUCAUCUGUGUGAUGACAGGAAAGUCAGGAAGGAAUCUUUCUGACAUCUGGGAGAUGGAGGAAAAAUAUCCCGUUAUCAAUUACACAUUUACCAGCAGCAUGUCUGGUGUUCUGGGUGCAGCUACGAGGGGAACUGCCAGGACUUCAAAGCCCACCAUCAAAAGCCAGAAAACACUACCAAGUACAAGCCGCCAAAGCUGGACCCAGAGCACACCCUGGGCAUCUUCUCUGAGAACCUCUCCCUGGACAGAGACAGCUGCUCUUUCAGAAACAGAGGAAACCCUGAACACAGGCAGGCCUCCUGAGCUUCCUGUCAGGGCCACGGCCACAUGGGUCAGUGCCUCCCACACUCUCCCAGCCUUGGCUACCAGGAGGGUGGCCAGAACUCAGUGGGUGGCAGCUAACAGACAGACAUGGGCUUCCAUAUCGUCCACGCCCUGGGCUCAGACCAUCGGUGAGAAAAAACCCGGAGGGUCUUCCUGGGAAACUCAUUCUUCGCCACCGACUACUGCAGGGGCCGAGGAAGCCAUGAACACUACAAGCCUUUUGGCGCCUGCUGCUGGGAUAAUGGCCACACCUGGCAGCCCAUCCCAGGCCAGCCCUACCUCGGGAGCAUUCACCCAUGGCACACAGACUCCAAUUCCAACCAAGGCAACAGCCCCCAGAGAUCCACAAACAGGUGAUCUCUCUGCAGAGUGGCCAUUCACCCCUGGGGAACAGCCAGUCCUGGUCCCAAGACCCCAUCAAGUUUCAAGGUGUCCUCAGCCACUCUUCAAGGUGGGAGCUAUGGCAGCUGCUCCUCUCACCCUGGCUAUUCAGAGGCUCAACCCAUGCCUGAUGGAGCUGUGCCAAUUCUUCCAGCAAUGCCUCUGCAUGAGCCAGAGGAGUCCCAGGACAGAGGACAUGAGAUACUGUCUUGAAUACUAUUCCUGGUUUCUGAAGAAUGCAACAUAUAUCUGUCAGAGGGUGAAAAGGGUGUCCCACUCGCACACCUUAAAGCAAAAAUGCCUUGAGAAUAUCUGCAAGUCUGUGUGA